UAUUUGUGCACUAAAGCCAUGCAUUACAAAUAUUUGAUGAACCACAAUAUCAUGGCUAUGGACAUUCCUCGCUAUCUAUUAUUCUCCUUUAUCAUAACCACUCACCUUGUUUCUUCUAUAUUGGUCGAUCAAAAUUCCAACAAUUAUAUCAUUCAUAUGAACUUAUCAGCCAUGCCCACACCCUUUUCUAACCAACAAAGCUGGUACCUGUCCAUCAUUUCCUCACUACUUCAAAUUACUUCUGAUCAAGUCACAAUUAACAACCACCAACUAAACCAUCUUUCUUCUUCAAAACUCGUCUAUACCUACACUAAUGUCAUGAAUGGUUUUUGUGCAAAUUUGUCUCCUUUGGAGCUUGAAGCUUUGAAAACCUCUCCCGAAUAUAUUUCAUCUAUCAAGGAUUUACCUAUCAAACUUGACACAACACACUCACCUCAGUCUAUAGGCCUCAAUCCUGUUUCAGGAGCGUGGCCUACAACACAAUAUGGAAAAAAUGUUAUCAUUGGUUUGAUAGAUAGUGGAAUUUGGCCAGAAAGUGAAAGCUUUAAAGAUGAUGAGAUAUCUGAUAUACCUUCACGAUGGAAAGGCCAAUGUGAAAAAGGUACUCAAUUUGAUCCUUCUUUGUGCAACAAAAAACUAAUUGGAGCUCGAUUCUUUAACAAAGGGUUGUUGGCAAAUAAUCCUAACAUGACAAUAAGUAUGAACUCUGCACGUGACAUUGACGGUCAUGGCACUCACACAACAACCACUGCAGCUGGAAGCCAAGUUAAGGGUGCAAGCUACUUUGGUUAUGCCUCUGGAUCAGCAAUGGGAAUGGCUCCACAUGCACACGUAUCCAUGUACAAGGUGUUAUGGGAAGGAGGAGCAUAUGUGUCUGAUACAAUAGCUGCAAUUGAUAGUGCUAUAGCAGAUGGUGUUGACGUUCUUUCAUUAUCAUUGGGUUUUGACGAGGCACCUUUAUAUGAAGACCCUAUAGCUAUAGCAACAUUUGCAGCUAUGGAGAAAAAUAUCUUUGUGUCUACAUCCGCAGGUAAUCGAGGGCCAGUGCUUGAAACUCUGCACAAUGGAACACCAUGGGUAAUAACAGUGUCUGCUGGCACAUUGGAUCGUGAAUUUCAUGGUGAUUUAACUCUUGCUGAUGGAACCAUAGUAACUGGUAUGUCUCUCUAUCCAGGGAACUUUUCUACAGACAAGGUUCCAAUAGUUUUCAUGAGCUCGUGUGAUAAUUUUAAUGAGCUUAUUGAAGUUAAAAACAAGAUCGUGGUGUGUGAAGAUAAUAAUGGAACACUUGGUGCUCAAGUAGAUAACAUUGACAGGGCAAGAGUUAUUGGGUGUGUUUUCAUAUCAAAUAGUUAUGACAUAACAUAUUUCCUUCAGACUAAGUUUGCAUCUAUCUUUUUGAAUCCGGUAAAUGGAAAACUCAUCAAAGAUUACAUCAAAUGCAACUCUAAUCCAAAAGCAAGCAUGAAAUUUAAGAGCACCGUUCUAGGUACAAAACCAGCACCAAUGGUAGAUAGUUAUAGUUCUAGAGGACCAUCUCACAGUUGUCCAUUUGUGUUGAAACCAGACAUCACAGCUCCAGGUACAUUGAUCUUAGCUUCAUGGCCUCAAACAGUUCCAGCGACAGAGUUGCAGUUUCAAAAUAAUGUCUUCAGCAACUUCAACUUGUUAAGUGGAACAUCUAUGUCUUGUCCACAUGUUGCAGGUGUAGCAACACUUUUAAGGGAAGCACACCCUAGUUGGAGCCCUGCAGCCAUUAGAUCAGCUAUUAUGACAACAUCAGACAUUUUAGACAAUACAAAUGAACUCAUCAAAGACAUUGGUAAUGAUUACAAACCAUCUUCUCCUCUAGCAUUGGGAGCUGGCUAUAUUAACCCCAAUAGAGCCCUUGAUCCUGGACUUAUUUAUGAUGCACAAAAACAAGAUUAUGUAAACCUUCUUUGUGCUUUAAACUUUACUCGAAAGAACAUCAUGGCCAUCACAAGAUCAUUUUUCAAUAAUUGCUCUAAUCCAUCUCUGGACCUUAACUACCCUUCUUUUAUUUCCUUUGUCAAUGCUGCAAAUAAUGGUACUGUUGGGUCAAAAGUUAAACAGGAAUUUCAUAGAACAGUAACGAAUGUUGGAGAGGAAGCAACAACAUAUGUAGCUAAAAUAACACCUAUUGAAGGGUUCCACGUGAAUGUCAUCCCCAAGAAGUUGGUGUUUAAAGAAAGAAACGAGAAGGUGACAUACAAGUUGAGGAUAGAAGGUCGAAGAAUAUUAGAGAAAAAUAAAGUAGCUUUUGGAUAUCUUACUUGGAUAGACUCAAAACAUAUUGUUAGAAGUCCCAUUGUGGUGACUAGCCUUAACUCAGAUUUAACACCCCCGUAGAGCUUGAUUUACGAUUUCUUGCUUGUGCCGAGGAUAUAAUAUUAUAUAUAUCGUGCUUUUAUCUAUACUUGAUUUCAAUUUCUCAUUAACAACUUAGUCAAUAAUCAAGAUCAGUUUCUUUACUUGGUA